AAAACAGUAGAACUCUGGCACUUAGUGACGUCAAUACCCUUAUGCAGAGAGUUGAGUUACCCUCAAUGGGCAUAUAUGGAGUUCCGUGGAUGCGUGUUCUCUCCUUAUUUGGACAGGGGCGGGCGUAUCCGGGCAAAAGCUCUUAAAAGGAGAGAAUUAUACUCUGAUCUGAUUUAGAUCCUCAAGGAAACAAAAGAACCUAUACGAAUAGCAUGACAUUUUUUAAAUAAUCAGAGGCGUCAUUUGAAGCUCUUCCAAUUUAAGAUUUUAUUUUGAAAAGUGACAAUAUACUAUUUCUAAAAGUAACAUAAUUUCAAAGCUUUAAAGUAGCAGUAUUUAUAUCGUGUCUUUUUGAAACUAGAAAUAUUUUCUUAGCGCUUUCGUCUUUUUGAAUCACAAUCAAAUAUUUACGCAGGGAUGGGGGUUUUGGACGUAAUAGAAGUUGACAGCUCUGAGCUGGCCCAGCUCAUUAAAGGCGAGCCGAACUGUUUGGUUCUGGACUGCAGACCCUUCCUUUCUUUCUCUCGGGUCCAGAUUAAGGAAUCCCGAAAUGUAACCUGGAAUUCAGUGAUGCGUCGACGCUCCAAAAGCUCAGCGGUCAGUUUGGAGUGGCUAGUGACUGACAAAACGCUUCUCACGCGGCUGCGGGACGGAGAACUGUCCCCUGUGGUGGUGCUGGAUGAAGACACCCGCUCCGCCGCAGACCUCAAAGCCGACAGCCUCGUUGGGAUGCUGCUAAACGCUUUGGCCAAUGAAGUCCAACAAGGGACAACGCAGAUCUGCUUUCUGAAAGGUGGAUUCGAAAGAUUCUCAGCUGUGUGCUCUGAGCUCUGUUCGCAGUUCGCAGGUCUCAACUUCUCCGGCGCCGCAGUACGAGACUCGGACUCAGUCCUCACAGGAAGAACGACUCCGCUCUAUGAUCAGGGUGGUCCAGUAGAAAUCCUGCCUUUUCUUUUUCUGGGCAGUGCCCACCAUUCUUCUCACCGGGAGGCACUGAGGUCCCUUCGGAUCACUGCGGUAUUGAAUGUAUCUUCCUCCUGUCCUAAUCUGUUUGAGAAUGAACUCCAGUACAAAUGUAUUCCAGUAGAGGACAGUCAAGCGGCAGACAUCAGUUCAUGGUUUGCAGAGGCCAUUGAAUUUAUUGAUUCUGUGAAGAACAAUGGUGGUCGUGUGCUGGUCCAUUGCCAGGCUGGCAUUUCCCGAUCCGCCACCAUCUGUUUGGCUUAUCUGAUUCAGUCCUGGAGGGUCCGCCUGGAUGAGGCCUUUGACUUUGUGAAGCAGCGUCGUGGGGUCAUCUCCCCAAAUCUUGGUUUUAUGGGUCAGUUAUUGCAGUUUGAGACGGACGUGCUUUGUCACUGAUAUUUUAACUUUGUUAACAAGAAGAAGAACAGAAUCACUGCCCUCCAAAGCCUUUAGAAAAUAUCUCUUCAGCCAUCAUGGAAACGAAGACUUUGCAUGUUCAGAUUCUUGCAGGUUUCUUGCUGGAUCAAGAAACGAUAAAGCUGGAUCAGUGCACAGGCUAGUGGAAACUUGACUUCACGAUAAACUGGAAAAACACACAUCUGCCUGCACACAUGCGUUGUAACCCACUUCCGGCGGAUACGAAGCUUCACUCGUGCUGAGGAGUUUUGUUUUUUUUUUUGUCACAUUACAGCAGCAUAAUAAUGAACAAUGCACUAUUUAAAAAUAUGUUAUGAAACUGUCUACUGAUAGGAAUAUUUAUUAAAGCAAUAUACUGAAGAAAAAAAAAGGAUAAAAUACCAAGUUAUGUUGUAUGAGCUCAGGAAAGGAGACGUGAAGAUGCAUUUCAGGGAUGGACUGCACUUUGUUUUGAGUUUACAUGUGCUACUUUGCACAUACGUUUGUCCCACAAAGAUGAAUACGUGGCCUGCAGAUAUUCAAGUGUGGUGUGAUUUUCACAAACUUUAUAUAAAAAGUUGACAAGCAUGUCCUACCGCCCUUGACGGGUGCUGCUACGUUUGACUCUCUCCCACUACUUACUGUAACUCUGGAGACCAUACUGUCUACAAUAAUCCACUUUAAGGUAAAGCAAUACCCAGCUGAACAGUCUGAGAAACGUCUCCAAGAACAUGCAAUAAAGCCGAGCACUUUUAAACUCAGUGAUACCCUCUAGCCAUACGAUUAUCUUAGCGUCAGUUCAGCCAGAAACACAUAAUAUGUAUGUAUGAGAGGACAGAAAUUGGUUUAUUAUCUGUUCACAUUUUUCAUUUAAGAUGUUUACUGGCAUUUCUGAAAUGUCUAAUCGAUAAUUGGUACAAUGAUGGUGAGUGAGAUUAGUUUUCACUCAGACGUCUACUUCAUCACAGUUUAAUGAAUGCUACUAGUUGGCAUUUUUUCUCAGUGGUGGCAUUGUCAUUAAUAAGUGUGCUACAGAAUUGAUGUUAGUGACAGCAUUCUGCGCUUCUAGAUUCAUUUUAGAUAGAGCAAGUCAUGCUGAAACCUACAGAAUGUUUCAUCGGAUGACAGUAAUGCUGCCUAGUAUUGAUCCCUCUGCCAUCUUGCCUGUCAUGCUAUAUGCAUUUGGACAUUCAUCUUCACUCUUCUCUGUAUGUCUACAUUGAACUUUUGUUAUUGCCUAUUCAUUUUUUACUAUUAUUUUUAUUAUAUUGCACUUUAUAUUUAUAAAUAAAACU